CAACAGGACGGAGGGGUGUCCCGUUCGCUGUAAGAAAUCACCACACGGCCAGCAGCGUUUUCACAGCAGGGCUGACUGCUCGUGCUCAGCGGAGGCGAGGCAGCUGAAUCGCGCAUCUCGGAGAUAUGUACAUGAACAGCCCGAUCCCAGUCAAUUUCCCCAGGAAUAUCUGAGUGCAUUUCUAGUGAAUUAAAGGUCAUGGGGAAUUCAUAUACAGGACACCUUCAGAGCACACGGUUUGAGGAGGUGCUGCACAACUCCAUAGAGGCGUCACUGCGCUCCAAUACAGUGGUGCCCAGACCUGUGUUCUCUCAGCUGUACCUGGAAGCAGAGCAAAGGUCUUAUUCUCAUGAUGGUCGAGGGGAUGAGGAUGACGAUGAAGAGGAUGGCUCAGAUUCAAACAGCCCUCCGAUCCCAUAUCAGAUGAAGCCUCCACCAGACGGAUGCUGUACUACAGAUGGGUUCUGUCAGGCAGGCAAAGACCUUCGGCUCUCAUCCAUGGCCACCGAGUCUUUGGAAGUCCCUCCUGGGUUUCUACUCAUCGGAGCGAAAUCUCCCAGCGUGCCUGAUCACAUUCUGGUGUGUGCGGUGGACCUGCGCUUUCUCCCCGAUGAAUGUGGACGUAAUGCACUUUUAGGUUUCUCAGGGAACUGCAUGGGCUGUGGAGAGAAGGGCUUCCGCUACUUCACUGAGUUUGCCAAUCACAUCAACCUGAAGCUCACCACACAGCCUAAGAAGCAGAAGCACUUAAAGUACCACCUGCUCAGAAAUGCACAGGGCAUUCUGGUCAAGGGACCACCAAUCUGCUGGAAAGGAAUGGACAGCCGAAUGAGACAUGCAGUCUGCAAUGCAGCUGCUGGACCUGAGGAACAAUCAGGACAUGGACCCACUGACCUGCUUCCCAAUUCAGGACACGCGGCCUUAAACACAAUUAACCACGCAGAUCUAAACACCCAUCUCCAUAUAUCUGAGGGUUCCCCUCCCUUAACCAAUGGCAGUCAUGUUCCUGGACCCCAGCAGCCUCCAGCACAGCCUGGAAUAGUGGCCAAUGGUCCUGGAAGGCCCACAGUAAUAGGCUCCAUGGCAAAUUCUGGGCCUCCCAAAAAGAGGCACAAGGGAUGGUCCCCAGAAUCCUCUGCUCCUACAGAAGUCACCCCCAGACCUGCUCCCACCAGCACAACCAAUGGCACUAAGUCAGCGGAUAGUGGGGCAUCUGGGUGUUUGUCUAUGGGGUCCUCGCCGCACCUUGCACCUGGGGAGUCUGUCACAGUGCCUGAUCACCUGCUCCAGACUUGUGGAUUACGACCGGUCAUUUUUAAAGGACACGGGACACUGCCACAUUUGUGUGGGAACCUCGGGGAUGUGCUGGUGAGUGGCCUGCUGCAGAAAUGCUAUCGCAAUUCCCAGAACCUCCCACGAGUCUACGAGCAGUACGGCACCGCUCCUAUGCAGCCCAUCUCCACAGAGAUGCUCAUCCUGCUGACUGUCUACUAUCUAGUGCAGCUUGGGAAGCACCAGACUCGUGCUUUAGCUGAGAGUCUUCUCUCUCCCAAUGAUUGUGUGAGAGAGAUUGUCCAUGAACUGUCUUCUGGGAUGGCAGCAGAGUUGGGAUCCUAUUUCAGUUCUCUGGGUCCAGAUGGAGAUGUGGAGGCCUUGCUGGAGAAAGCCAGUCCUGAGAACAAUGUCCAGUAUUCUAGCAUAGAACCAUCAGGAGACAGUCCUAAAGCCAAGUGUGCGGGGAAGCACCAGACUCGUGCUUUAGCUGAGAGUCUUCUCUCUCCCAAUGAUUGUGUGAGAGAGAUUGUCCAUGAACUGUCUUCUGGGAUGGCAGCAGAGUUGGGAUCCUAUUUCAGUUCUCUGGGUCCAGAUGGAGAUGUGGAGGCCUUGCUGGAGAAAGCCAGUCCUGAGAACAAUGUCCAGUAUUCUAGCAUAGAACCAUCAGGAGACAGUCCUAAAGCCAAGUGUGCGGAAUAUUAUGUUGAGUGGCACGAGAUUCGGCCCAUACAGCUUGCCGUGGCUAGGAAGCUGCUCUCGCAUGUUUGCGCCAUCGCUGAUUCCAGCACACAGAACCUGGACCUCGGUUCCUUCGACAAGGUUGAGUUCUUAAUCUGCGUUCCACCUUCAGAGGUCACUUUUCAUCAAGUCGUCCUUCACCUGUGGAACUCAGGUAGAAACUUCCUAAUGCUCCACGUGACUUCGUUCCCCUUCACCUUGCAGACUCAGUACACACGAAUCAGCCCUUACAAUGAAAUCCACUGGCCUUCUGGAUUCAACAAUGAUGUGGAUCUUUAUCACGAGAAGACAAAGUACUUUGGUGUAUCCGAGCUGCUGGAGACGACACGCUCUGGAAGUGGCCUUCCUCUGCUACGAUAUGACAGUUCAUUUGAGAGCAUGGCUGCUGCUUUGGAAGAUAGGUUCCCAAAACUACACAGUGCAGUGAUUCGCACUCACGUGCUGAUCCAGCAUUACUCUCUGGCCCUGAUGGUAACAGCAGGCGGCCAGGCUUUACAGGCUCUGCAGAAGCACAUCUCAGUGGAGACGCUGGAGAUGGUGCAGUGCCUUCUCAACACAUCCCAGCGGUGUCCUAGCCGUCACGGUCACAUGCUGCUCCUGAGGAUCCCCUCCCCAGCUCUCGCUGCCUUCGCUCACCAGCGCCUCUGCCAUGUCCGCAACAGACUCGGCCUUCACAAGCAGUUUGAGGUCAUCCUGGGGGAUCCAUGCUCUGCUCUCACUGUAGGAAAACACUUCUUGGACCAACUGAGGGUAUGGCUGAAAAUAUUGGACCCAGACUGGGCUCCUCGGACAUAUCUAGAGCUGGAGGCUUUACCUUGUAUCCUCAUCUUAACCGGCAUGGAUCCACUUGGAGAGUCUUUACCCAGAUCUCUGAAGUACUGUGACCUGCGUGUUAUCAGCUGCUGGUCUCUGCAGCGCACCACUCUCGAGCAGGAGCUGGGAUUGGCCACGUACCUGCUGAAGACAAAACAAGAUGGCCAGCACGGGCCACAGCCACGCUGUGACCUGUCUGAGAGUGACCCUGAAAAACUGAGCAGCACUGACAACGAGGACGAGGAGGUUGUAGUGGAUGUAAACAACGAUCUCCCUAAACUGGGUAACCAGGCCUCCCCAGCUGGCUCUCAGCACCCUCAGUCUGACUGGACUCCUUUGGAUCCAGACAAGCAGCCCAACCAGAGGCGGCAGUCCAAAUCCACCUCAUCCAGCUCCUCGUCCACACGGGCCUCACCUCUACGGCAGAGCUGCUCCUGGGCACGCAAUCUCAGCCGCCCACCUGUGGUGCUGCUCCCUAAAACCGUCUACGACCUCAUCACCACAGUGGAUUCCAGUGGCCUGCCCAAGUCCACUUCCUUCCUCCCACACUCUUCGGUAGAGUGGGUCAGCUCCUUUAGACCUCUCCUCAGCAAAAUGAUGACCUGCACCGAGCAGUCGCUGUACUAUCGCCAGUGGACAGUCCCCAAACCCCACCACAUGGACAGCAGUAACCGAGCUGAAGGACGCACCGAUAACUUCCACCCACGAAAGCUGCUGCUAAGUGGGCCACCACAGGUGGGGAAGACUGGGGCAUAUCUGCAGUUUCUGGGUAUUCUCUCUCGCAUGCUGAUCAGGCUGAUGGAGGUGGACAUCUAUGAUGAGGAGGACAUCAACUGCAAUUGCGAGAAAGAUUUGGUGCGAUAUCAUCAGCCCAUUGCAUUGUGGCCCAAUACAGACACUGUACAAGGGAUGCCCUUUGAUUACACCAUCCAUGAUCCUAAAUACAAGGACAUCAGCACUGUCUACUCGCCAGACUUCACUCCAAAUUCAAAUGAUGGAAACUCCAGAAGGCAGGAAGAUGUGUAUCUACACAGGCGAACGGCACGGAUAAAACUCUCUAAAUAUGCAGCUUACAACACAUACCAUCAUUGUGAGCAGUGUCACCAGUAUAUGGGUUUCAAUCCACAGUAUCAGCUGUACGAGUCCACCCUGCAUGCCUUUACCUUCUCUCAUCUUCUACUGGGAGAGGAAAUCCAGCUCUACUUCAUCAUUCCCAAAUCCAAGGAGCAUCACUUCUCCUUCAGCCAAUCAGGAGGCCAGUUGGAGAGCAUGAGACUGCCCCUCACUUCCGACUGGAAUCCUGAUGCCAUCAAAAGCCCAAUAUUCACGCCCACCACUGGUCGCCAUGAGCACGGCUUGUUUAAUCUGUAUCAUGCAAUGGAAGGAGCCACCCACCUGCACAUUCUAGUGAUUAAAGAGUAUGAGAUGGCCGUCUACAAGAAAUACUGGCCCAACCAUAUAAUGCUUGUCCUACCCACUAUCUUCAAUGGAGCUGGAAUAGGAGCAGCUCAUUUUCUGAUUAAAGAGCUGUCUUAUCAUAACCUGGAGUUAGAGCGGAGCCGGAGAGUGGAGCAUGGCAGUCGGCCACAAGACGUCUGGCCCUUCAUCGUCCUCGCAGACGAUUCUUGUGUAAUGUGGAACAGUGUUGAUGUUGAUCCAAAAAGCGGUACUGCAGGGACAGAAAGAAAUGUGUCCUUGAAACAGGUUCUUCAGCACAUGGAGUCUAUUCCAGAUAUUACUCAAUAUGGCUUAUGCGGGUUGAGGAAGUGGUCCAGUCGUGGAGAUGGGGCCGGACGGCAAAAAGAGCCCUUCUCGCGUGGACACCUACAUGACUUCCUGCUACUUAAUGUGGACCUCACACAGAAUGUGCAGUACAACCAGAACCGUUUCACAUGUGAUGAUGUGGACUUCAACCUGCGUGCCCACAGUGCAGGCCUCCUCAUCUGCAGGUUUAACAACUUCAGCGUGAUGAAGAAGCAGAUCGCCAUUGGUGGAUAUGGGACCUUCAUCAUCAAGACUAAGGUGACCGAUGUCCCCACCACAAUCCAGCCUACUCAGUACAUCUGUGCUCCAGACAGCAAGCACCUGUUCCUGGCCACACCAGCUCAGCUACUGCUGGAGAAAUACCUCCAGCACACCAGCCAUCGCCUCUUCCCCCUCAGCGCCCAAAACUACAGCCACCCAGUCCUCUCUGUCGACUGCUACCUGAACCUCGGCCCAGAGGUGACUGUUUGUUUUGUCAGCUCCAGACCUCACUCCAUUAACUUCAGCACUACUGGUCUGCUCUUCAGUGGCCUCCUCUUAUACUUCUGUGAUUCCUUUGUGACUCCUGGAUUCCUUAAAAAGUUCCAGUUCCUGAAAGGAGCGACUCUGUGUGUGAUCUGUCCUAACCGCAGCUCUCUACGUCAGACUGUAGUUCGGCUGGAACUGGAGGAGGAGUGGAGGUUUCGUCUCAGCGAUGAGUUUCAGACCGCCAACGCCAAAGAGGACCAGCCUCUCUUUUUCCUCACAGGAAAACACAUAUGACUCUCAAAACCUGAAGACUCAAUCACAGCUGUCCUGUCUGUAUAUAACAUUAGCUCUGUAUAUAAUGCACAGGAUGUGCUGUAAAUUUACUGCCUGCUUGCUGUUGUUGUUUUUUUCUCUCUCUCUCUUUUUAAGAUCAUACAAAAAAAAUGUCGAAGAUUAUUUCAUUGCAUAUGGAUGCACCAUCAAAACCGGAUUUACUCACAUCUUUGUUUAAAAUGUAUUUAUUUACUGUGACCUUUCUGUUUUUAUCUUUCUGUCUUUUAUUGUUUGGUCUUUUAAUCGUUUUUUCUGUCACAGCCGAAUCUUUUAACGUAAGCUUAAUGCACAGUUAUGAAGUGUUAAAAGAACAGAUUGAAGUAUUUUGUAGAAAAGAGUAUUUUUGUAGCUGUGUUUGGCGUGUUCUGUGAUGAGUGUGGAUGAGGGCGUUCUGUCAUUAAAGUACUUCUGUAUCUCUACAGUCUCCGCUGUACCACUGUAUGAACACUAGAGGGCAGAUCAAUCACAUUUUUACCGCCUGAAGGACAGUAU